CACAUUGUAUAUUAUUCAACUGCUAAAGUUUGUUUUAUAUGACAUCACAAUGCUAGCUAGCCUUUUCCAAUUUGGCUCAAGAAGCGUCUCUCGCUUGGCCUAUGCGCGACAUUUUCAUCGUUCGGUUCAUAGGAACAAGUUGACUACAUUUCACCUUAGUGAUAUCGGUGAAGGUAUAUCUGAGGUUGAAUUAGUACGAUGGAAUAAGAAUGUUGGUGACGAGGUAGAGGAGAUGGAGACAGUUUGCACUGUGCAGAGUGACAAGGCUGCUGUGGACAUUACGAGUCGUUAUACAGGUUUGGUGAAGAAAUUAUAUGUAGAGCAAGGCAAGUUAAUAAAGAUAGGUUCGCCUUUGAUGGACAUUGACGCUGAGGAUGAUACUCCUGCUGUAUCUGAGCCCACCGAAACUACGAAAUCUUCGAUCCCAUCCAAACCAGUUGCACAGUCUUUUAAGAGAUCGCAUGGCGACUCUGUUAGAGCUGCUCCCAGUGUACGUCAGUUGGCGAAGCAGUUGGGUGUUGACAUUACCAAGGUUGUUCCUAGUGGUUCUAAUUCCCAAAUAACCCGUGAAGACGUUGAAAAGUUUGCUGCGUCUUCUCAGUCUGUUUCAGGUGGUAUUCCUGGCGAUUUUGUGAAGCUUAACUCAGUUGGACGUGGCAUGGUAAAAUCCAUGGUUGCUUCUUUGGAGGUGCCUCACGUUACUGUUGGCGAGGAUGUUGAUUUGACAGAGCUUAAAUCUUACUACUUACAGAAGCGCGCGUUGGAAACUGACAUUAAGUUGACUAUGACUCCAUUUUUAUUGAAAGCAUUUUCUUUAGCGCUUAGUGAAAAUCCUAUUAUGAACUCUAAGUUUAAGGGUGAUGGCUACAUUGCCUAUAAGGAGCACAACAUCAAUGUGGCUGUUGCCACUGAUCAUGGUCUAUUGGUCCCUGUAAUUCGCAAUGUGGAAUCCAAGUCCAUUAGGGAGCUACAGGUUGAUUUAGCUCGUGUUCAGCGUCUUGCCGCUGAAAUGCGUCUAUCCCCGGGUGAUAUGAGCGGCGGUACAGCUACUUUGAGUAACCUUGGAGCCAUUGGUGGCACUCACGUAAAUGCUCGUUUGUUUGAUGGUCAGGGUACUAUUGUGGCAUUUGGUGCAGCGCGUAAGACUCCUUGUUAUGUUGGUGACGAGUUGGUUCCUCGUGACAUUGCUUGCUUAGGUGUUACGGCAGACCACCGUCACAUUGACGGUGCUGCGAUCGCUCGUUUUGCUGCAGCUCUCAAGCGUUAUCUACAGGAUGUUUCGAAUUUUGAUGUACACUACUGAUGUGGCUAUUUCUUUUUAAGAUUUUUACUUAAAAUUUAUGAUUUACUUUUU